GUGUAUGUGUAUGUGUGAAUAGAUAGGGAGGGGGGACAGCAGACAGUAAAGAAACAAGUAACAAUGUAACUUACAUGUAGUUACACACACACACAUUUCUCUUGCAACAAUGUGUACGUUUUUAAGGAGGGAGGGGGCGCGCGUAGAGAGAAAGCGAGACGGGGAGAGAUAGAGAAAGGAGGAGGGGGGUGCGUUCUGAAAUAAUAUAGUCAGCCAUUUUUUAUGUAAGGGGAUUUUUUUUUCUUAUUGGGGGGGUUGUUAAAAAAUAAAUAUAAGAGGGCGGCCAUCUUUGUUGCUCUGCCUAGUGUAAAAUAUUCCAAAACGCCCCCACUUUUCCCCCCGCGUGCCGAUUUGAAUAUUAAAUAAAUAUCAUAUAGAAUUCGCUUCUCUUUUUUUGAAUACGAGGACGGAUCCAAUGACAGGAGUAUAAUGUCCUCUCCUCUCCGCUCCUGUGAGGAAGACGAGGGCAUGGUGGUUAAUUCCGAGGGAGGAGAUUUUGAUGAAGAAGAAGAAGACGACGACGACGGAGACCUAGGCGAGAACGCAAGCGACAUAAACUCGCCGGCGGCGCCUCGGGAAACUGCAACAGUAGCCGCAGCCGCCGCCGCUGCCGCGCCAGAAGAGGCGGCAGAGAAAUCAGACAGAGAGGUCCCGUGCAGGAAGAAAGGAAGGCCAAAGAAAAAAAAGGACACAAAGAAGAAGGAGAAAGAGGGGAAACCUGCCAAAGUGAAAAAACGCAAGAAGAUCGACAGUGACGUAGAGAGAGACUCUGACAGAGAAAAAGACUACGGUGGGAACUCAGACAGUGUAGCCAGUGACUAUGGAUCUGGUGAGAAAAAGAAAAAGAAAAAACAUAAAGAAAGGAAAGAAAAGAAAACCAAGAAGAAGAAAAAAGAUGACGGGGACCGUGACAGUAGUCAAGAGGAAACAACAAAGCAACCAGUAGAACAGAAAAACUCAGCACAGCUGGCAAAGGAGUGGGGUUUGGAGGAUGUUGAUCAUACCUUCACAGAGGAAGACUACAGGGAGCUCACAAACUACAAAGCCUUCAGCCAGUUCAUGCGGCCAAUGAUAGCCAAGAAAAACCCUAAGAUCCCCAUGUCAAAGAUGAUGACCAUCUUGGGGGCCAAAUGGAGAGAGUUCAGCUCCAACAACCCCUUCAAAGGCAACGCUGCUGCUGUUGCGGCGGCUGCUGCAGCUGCUGCCAUCGCCGUCGCCGAGCAGGUCUCAGCAGCGACCGCUUCGCCCGAGCCGCCACCACAGCCACCACCGAUCAGAAAAGCCAAGACAAAAGAAGGCAAAGGUCCUGGCUAUAAGAAGCGCAGUAAAAGUCCUCGAGUCUCAGACAAGAAAAAGGCUCUUACGAAGGCUAAAAAGAUGGCACCUAUUCGUAUCAAACUGUCGCCCAUAAGUGCCAAGAGGAAGAAGAGCUGCUCGAGUGAGGAUGUGGAUGAGGAUGAGUCUGAGCAGGAGGACUCCAGCGUUCACAGCUCCUCGGUUCGCUCCGACAGCUCUGGCCGCGUCAAGAAGAACAAGCGUGGUCGGCCUGCAAAGAAGAAGAAGAAAGUCCCAGGUGAAGAGGAAGGUGAAGGCUAUGAGACCGACCAUCAAGACUACUGUGAGGUGUGUCAGCAGGGCGGGGAGAUCAUCCUAUGUGACACUUGUCCCAGAGCUUACCACCUUGUCUGCCUUGAGCCUGAACUGGAAAAAGCCCCCGAGGGUAAAUGGAGCUGCCCGCACUGCGAAAAAGAGGGAAUCCAAUGGGAAGCAAAGGAUGAGGAGUUUGAGGACUUCGAGGAGGACAGCGAGGACAGAGUGAUAUCAGAUGUUGCACUCGGGGUCCCCACCGGUGCGGAGGAUGAAGAUGACGACCACAUGGAGUUCUGUCGUGUGUGUAAAGAUGGAGGGGAACUGUUGUGCUGCGACACCUGCACCUCGUCCUACCACAUCCACUGUCUAAACCCACCGCUGCCGGAGAUUCCCAACGGAGAAUGGUUGUGUCCACGAUGCAUGUGUCCACCAAUCAAAGGUCGUGUCCAGAAGAUCCUCCACUGGCGGUGGGGAGAACCUCCUCCUCCCAUUCCUGUUCCUCCUGCUCCUGAUGCACCACCUGAUGCUCCACCACCACCUCCAAUGAAGGGCAGAGCCGAGAGGGAGUUCUUUGUCAAACUGGUGGGACAGUCUUAUUGGCACUGUACAUGGAUCACUGAGCUCCAGAUGGAAAUCUUCCAUUCAGUGAUGUACAGAAACUACCAGAGGAAGACGGACAUGGACGAACCUCCCUGUCUUGAUUAUGGUUCAGGAGAGGACGAGAAUGGAGUGGGAAAGAGUGAAAAGAGGAGAGCAAAGGAUCCCCAGUACGCCAUCCUCGAAGACCAGUACUACAGAUAUGGCAUCAAACCAGAGUGGAUGAUGAUCCACCGCAUCAUCAACCAUAGUGUGGACAAGAAGGGGAUUUACCAUUACCUGGUCAAGUGGAGAGACCUGACCUACGACCAGUGUACCUGGGAGAGAGACGACCUUCAAAUCCCUGAUUUUGCAAUUUAUAAGGCCAACUACUGGAGGCACAGGGAUUUAAUAAUGAAGGAAGAUCCAGACAAACCGAGGAAGAUGAGGAGCAAAAACCAAGAGGGUGAAGAGGAGUCUCCUGCUUCACCAGUCACCGAUCCUACGAUAAAAUACGAAGAGCAGCCAGACUUUGUCACAUCGACAGGUGGGACGCUGCAUCUGUACCAGCUCGAGGGUCUGAACUGGUUGAGGUUUUCCUGGGCUCAGGGCACAGACACUAUCCUAGCAGAUGAGAUGGGCCUGGGCAAAACUAUCCAGACCAUUGUCUUCCUCUAUUCACUUUUCAAAGAGGGUCACACUAAAGGCCCGUUCCUGGUCAGCGCUCCACUCUCCACCAUCAUCAACUGGGAGAGGGAGUUUGAGAUGUGGGCGCCUGAUUUCUACGUAGUGACGUACACCGGAGACAAGGACAGUCGAGCUAUCAUCAGAGAGAAUGAGUUCUCCUUCGACGACACAGCUGUUAAAGGAGGAAAGAAGGCCUUCAAACUGAGGAGGGAAGCUCCUAUUAAAUUCCAUGUUCUGCUGACGUCCUAUGAGUUGGUGACCAUCGACCAGACGGCACUCAAGUCCAUCGACUGGGCGUGUUUGGUGGUGGACGAGGCUCACCGCCUUAAGAACAACCAGUCCAAGUUUUUCAGGCGACUGAAUGACUAUAAGAUCGACCACAAGCUGCUGCUGACAGGAACUCCACUACAGAACAACCUGGAGGAGCUGUUUCACCUGCUCAACUUCCUCACACCCAACCGCUUCAAUAACCUUGAUGGCUUCUUGGAGGAGUUUGCCGACAUUUCAAAGGAGGACCAGAUUAAGAAGCUCCACGAUCUGCUGGGGCCUCACAUGCUGCGCAGGCUGAAGGCCGACGUUUUCAAGAACAUGCCCUCCAAGACCGAGCUGAUUGUCCGAGUGGAGCUGAGCCCCAUGCAGAAGAAAUACUACAAGUUGAUAUUGACCAAGAAUUUUGAGGCUCUGAACUCAAAAGGUGGAGGAAACCAGGUGUCGCUGCUCAACAUCAUGAUGGACCUAAAAAAGUGCUGCAACCAUCCCUACCUCUUUCCUGUUGCCUCCAUGGAAGCCCAAAAAACACCCAGUGGCGCAUACGAGGGCUCGGCCCUCACAAAGUCUUCUGGGAAACUGACAUUGUUGCAGAAGAUGCUGAGGAAACUGAAAGAGCAGGGGCACAGAGUCCUUGUCUUCUCACAGAUGACUAAGAUGCUGGACUUAUUAGAAGAUUUCCUUGACUAUGAAGGUUAUAAGUAUGAGAGAAUUGAUGGAGGCAUCACAGGAGCGCUGAGACAAGAGGCCAUUGACCGCUUCAAUGCUCCUGGUGCCUGUCAGUUUUGUUUCUUGCUCUCCACCAGAGCAGGAGGUUUGGGCAUCAACUUGGCCACAGCAGACACCGUUGUCAUCUUCGACUCUGACUGGAACCCUCACAACGACAUUCAGGCGUUCAGUCGAGCUCACCGAAUCGGACAGGCCAACAAGGUGAUGAUCUACCGCUUUGUGACCAGAGCCAGUGUGGAGGAGCGGAUCACUCAAGUGGCCAAGAGGAAAAUGAUGCUGACCCACCUGGUGGUCCGGCCCGGCCUGGGAUCCAAGGCUGGCUCUAUGUCCAAACAGGAACUGGACGACAUCCUGAAGUUUGGAACAGAAGAGCUCUUCAAGGAUGAGGGAGAAGGUAUGAAAAACAAUACGGGGGAUAAGGUUGAGGACGAGGGCAGCGUGAUUCACUACGACAGCACCGCCAUCGAGAGGCUGCUGGACCGAAGCCAGGACGCCACAGAUGACUCAGAUGUCCAGAACAUGAACGAGUACCUCAGCUCCUUUAAAGUGGCCCAGUACAUGGUCCGAGAGGAGGAUAAGAUCGAGGAGAUCGAACGGGAGAUCAUCAAACAGGAGGAGAACGUGGAUCCAGAUUAUUGGGAGAAAUUGUUGCGGCACCACUAUGAGCAGCAACAAGAAGAUCUCGCGAGCAAACUGGGUAAAGGCAAGAGGAACCGCAAGCCUGUCAACUACAAUGACGCAGCACAGGAAGACCAAGAGUGGCAUGCUGACAUUUCAGAUAACCAGUCCGAGUAUUCGGUGGGUUCUGAGGAGGAGGAUGACGACUUUGACGAUCGGCCAGAAGGUCGAAGGCAGUCAAGACGCCAGUUGAGGAAUGACAAGGACAAACCUCUGCCUCCACUUCUGGCCAGAGUUGGCGGCAACCUUGAGGUGCUGGGUUUUAACACACGCCAGCGAAAGGCUUUCCUGAACGCAGUGAUGCGCUGGGGGAUGCCGUCUCAGGACGCUUUCUCCUCUCAGUGGCUGGUGAGAGACCUCAGGGGCAAGUCUGAAAAAGAAUUCAAAGCUUACGUGUCGCUCUUUAUGCGUCACUUGUGUGAGCCUGUGGCCGACGGUGCUGAGACGUUCGCGGACGGCGUCCCGAGGGAGGGUUUGUGUCGCCAGCCGGUCCUCACUCGAAUCGGCGUCAUGUCCCUCGUCAAGAAGAAGAUCCAGGAGUUUGAGCACAUCAACGGACGGUGGAGUCUCCCGGAGCUCAAGCCCGAGGUGAGCGUUGACAAGGUGUCCUCCAGGGCCUCCUCUCCUGCGGUGAAGACAGCCACGCCCACACCGGACGCAAGCUAUAACAACACGCCGUGCACCUCCAAGCCAGCGACUCCUGCUCCAGCAGACAAGCUAGAAAAGAACGGGAAAGAGGGAGAGAAGGUGGAGGACAAAGAGGAAGGUGAGACCCCGUCGGAGAAAGUGAAGGAAAAGGAUGAGGGAAAAGAGGUGGACAGCAGCAAGACUGGAGACCCUGAAGAGAUUUCCUCUGUGGCUAAAGAGCGACCUCAAAGUGUGUCUCCUGGUCAAGCUGAAGGCAAAGAGGAGAGCAAAGUGAAGGAGGUGGAUAAGAAAGAAUCAUCUGACUGUUCACCUGCCACACUGGAGGAGAAGAAAGAGCAGGAGGAAAGUAAAGAAGAGGCCAAACAAACAUCAAAGCAAGACGCUGAGUGUAAAGAAGAGAAAUCAGAAGGAGAGAAGGCGGCAGAGGAGCGGGAAAAAGACAAAGAAAAGCGCGAAGAUGCAUCGACGGAAGCGACCGAUGCCAAGGAGAAGUCUGAGGUGACUGAGGUGAAGAAAGUAACAGAGGAGUUAAAAGGUGAAAAGGAUGCCGCGAAAGAUGUCAAAGCAACUAAGGAGGAGACCCCCAAGGUUAACGCGAAGCCUCCGACUGAGCGACCACGCUUCAUGUUCAACAUCGCCGAUGGUGGCUUCACUGAGCUGCACACUCUUUGGCAGAAUGAGGAGCGGGCUGCCGUCUCCUCAGGGAAGAUGAACGAGAUCUGGCACCGCCGACAUGACUUCUGGCUGCUGGCAGGAAUAGUGAUUCACGGCUACGCUCGGUGGCAGGACAUCCAGAAUGACCCUCAGUUUGCCAUCGUCAACGAGCCUUUCAAGUCGCAGGCGAAUAAAGGCAACUUCCUGGAGAUGAAGAACAAGUUUCUGGCUCGACGCUUUAAGCUGUUGGAGCAGGCACUAGUGAUAGAGGAGCAGCUGCGGCGGGCGGCGUACCUGAACAUGACCCAGGACCCCAGCCACCCAGCAAUGGCACUCAAUGCACGCUUUGCAGAGGUGGAGUGUCUGGCGGAGUCGCACCAGCAUCUCAGCAAGGAGUCACUGGCGGGCAACAAGCCAGCCAAUGCUGUCCUACACAAAGUGUUGAACCAAUUGGAGGAGCUGCUGAGCGACAUGAAGGCCGAUGUGACGCGACUGCCGGCCACGCUGUCCAGAGUACCACCCAUCGCCGCCCGUCUGCAAAUGUCCGAGAGGAGCAUCCUCAGCCGUCUGGCUAGCAAGGGCACAGAGACGCACACCCCCCCGCCCAUACCUCCAGGACCCUACGCCACCCCUCAGAACUACGGAGCCCCCUUCACCCCUGCACCGCCAAGCGCCCUACACAUGGGAGGGGCCAAUUACAGUCAAAUGCCACCCGGAUCCUUCAUAUCAGAAGCCGCUGCCGCUGCUGGGGCCACCGGGGGAGCUGCUGGGGGCGCCGCUGGAGGGCCAACCGCCGCCAGCGUUUGCCAGAAGACCAAGGAGCACGAUGUGGUGCAGCGGCAACGAGUAGUGGACCUCUGGAAGGAUGGCAAAUCAGAAGGGGCUAUUGGGCAGGAGCUGAGGAUGCCCAAGUCCACUGUGCACAGCAUCAUUGUCAAGUACCGGCUCAGCAAUACAGUGGAGAACCUGCCGCGUAAUGGCCGACCAAAAAAACCCUGAGGUCAAAGGAGGAGUUUCACCAAGUGAGAAAAAGAAAGGACUGGAAUGCAGCAAAAAACAGACUCAAACAGAAGACAGUGGAAGCUGAAAAGGAGAGAUGAAAACCUGAAUGCAAAAGGAGGACAAGUACAAGGCACCUUAACACUGCUGGAAUGUGAGGAACAUAAAGGGAGAAGUAAAGCUCACUGGGGGGAUUGAAUAAAUACAGCAGACAAGAAGAGAGAGAGAAAAAAAAGGACAGGACAUGAAAAGUGAAAAGAAGUACUGGCAGUGUGAUCCGCAAAAUAAAACAAGCAAUCAGCCACAGAGGGAAGAGAGGGAAGAGUGGUCCAAAAUACCAAGGGAGAGGUGAAAAGCUGGCCCCUGAGAUCAAGCACUAAUGAUGCGUGGGGGGAAAAUGAGGCAAGGAGACAGAAAAAAAGGGAGACAAGACCUGUGUGGAACAAACAAAUCCUGAAGCGCGAGGAAAACUUGCCACUGAAAAAAAGCCCAGAAAUCUGUCUUUUAAGGAACUAUGUCUGGACUGAAGAGGGAAUGGAAAAAAAGACAGUAUGUUAAUGCAAUCACAGGUUUGCAAAAAUUCAGAUAUGGCGGCCGAACUGAAGAAAAAUGCAACAAAGGAGUGUUGUUGUUUUUUUUUUUGUUAAUUUUUCAUGACUUCUUUUUCUGCCCCGCCAUACCCUCCCACCCCCACCACCACCACCGCCCCCUAUGCCGAAAAAAAGAUUUCCCCCUGGAUCAAUUCUUCAUCCACCGGUUGACUGAACAAGCCUGCCCCCUCGCUCUGACCUUGCACUCCCUCAUUCUUCCACAGUCCUCCACUCCUCUGUCUCUCUCUCUCUCACACACACACACACACACACACACACACACACACACACGUACACAUACAUACGUACGCUCUAGAGCCCACACACAACCUGAAGACCUGCAGAGAAGUUGAAACGUCUGCCGAGUACGAGCAGAUGAGAUCCAGACUCAAAAUAGAAAGGGACAAAGUGGACUCAGACUUUCUUGAAAAAAAAAAAGAAAAGCAAAGAAAGAAAAACAGUUAUAGUCUUAAAUAUAAAACACUAUUUCCCAUGGACUCUUUUGCCCUGACAUUCCUCAGUCCAACCAAGUGUUUAAGCAAGAACCAUAAAUGUAAAAAAGCUGAGACAUUGCCUUUGACCAACAAUCAGUAGCAGUGUUGCUGUGACCCGCUCUGAUUGAACUAUGUACUGUAUAACGUAUUUGCUAUUGCACCUUUUUUAGAGGGGUCACGUAAAGGGGAAUAUCACUCAAGUGAAGUAUUUACAUUUCCUGUUUUAAACCUCAUCACAGGAAAAACAAAAAAAAACAAAAAACUGUAUUUAUGAGCAGCUCUUCCCCGAAGCCUGAGACUGUAAUCUGUCACUGAAAGAAAAAGGGAGACUCACUUUGAAGCCGGGAGAGACUUUUCUUUCUUUUUGUUCUUCGAGCGUCUUUUAUUGUGACAGUGUGAUGGAUUCCACGCUGGAAAAUGUCCCCUGAUCCCAGGGAAAAUAAAACACUCUGGACUCUGUCAUCGUUUUUCCAGCUGAGCAUGAGUGUGUGUGUGCAGUAGAGCUGUACAUCAGUGUGACAUCCCAAAGUGGGGAGCAGCAGGACAAACUCUUUUGCCUCGUUUUUUUGGACAGAGGAGACGUGAACAAUCGGUUACACAGUCCAGACUUUUCCUGGACGUACAGUACGAGUAUUUUAAGUUUAAAUUGAGUGGUAUUUCCCUUUCAGCUCGGAGGACAUUAAGACCAGAAAAGUGUGGCAUUGGUGCGGCCCACAAUCAGGACACGGGAGUGUGUGCGCAGGUUGAGGAAGGCCGUUAUGAAUGUCUGUUAUGUGUAUUUUUCACAAAAAUAGGUAAAUAUCAUUUUAAAUGUUCCAUAUUGGCACCAAUAUAAGUUUAUUUAUGAAUUUCAAGUACUGUUUUAAGAAAUAUAAACCUGUUUUUUCUACAAAUGUGUUCUUCUGUUUCAUCUACAUUAAGCAGAAAAAAAAAAUUACUUGAAGCUGCACUGAUCAAUAUUUUUAUAUCAAUCAAUCAAUCAAAUGUGAAAGUGGUCACUAAUAAAAACAUACCAACAGAUUAAAGACCAGACUCUACAGAU